CAGAGACAUUUAUAAAUUCGCUUCGUUACUUCAUUAAUAUUCAUUGGUUUACUUUGAUGAUAUUUUCAUUUUAAUUUUCCAUUUUAUUCUUUACGUUAGAAAUUUUAAUAAAAAUGUUAUUAAAAUAAAGCACCAAGUAUUAAUAAACCUGUUUUGUCAAGAACAACUUCAAUUAAUUAUAUCUGUGAUUAUAAUAAUUAAAUUAAAGAUACGUAAUUAUAAAUAAGAUUUAUAAUAUUUUCAUACGUAAAUUCUGAUUCGACAUAUCGAUAAUACAAUUCACGUUUCCUAAGGUUGUUACAGAAUCUCGAAACUUAAUAUGAAGCGCGUGUGAUCAUAGUUCAAAACGAUACAAAAAUUUAAGUACUCAGCUGUCAUUUAUGAUAGCCGUAGUAGUAGUUCAAAAUGGUAGAUGAAUCGACGAAGAAAACAUUAAGUAACAUUCCAUUGUUACAAACAAAAGCGGGUCCCAGAGAUAAGGAUCUAUGGGUGCAAAGAUUAAAGGAAGAAUAUCAAGCAUUAAUUAAAUAUGUAAAAAAUAAUAAAGAAUCUGACAAUGACUGGUUUCGUUUGGAAUCAAACAAAGAGGGUACAAGAUGGUUUGGAAAAUGUUGGUACAUUCACAAUCUCUUGAAGUAUGAAUUUGAGGUUGAGUUUGAUAUUCCAGUUACAUAUCCGACAACAGCACCUGAAAUUGCUUUACCCGAAUUAGAUGGUAAAACUGCAAAAAUGUAUAGAGGUGGAAAAAUUUGUCUUACUGAUCAUUUCAAACCCUUAUGGGCAAGGAAUGUUCCAAAAUUUGGAAUUGCCCAUGCCAUGGCACUUGGACUUGGACCAUGGAUGGCAGUUGAAAUUCCUGAUCUUAUAGAGAAAGGUGUUGUAGCACAUAAAGAUAAUGUAGAUAAAAAAUCAUAACAUUGUUAUUGUAAAAUAUAAAUGAAAUAAUUUUUCUUUAAUUGUUAAUUAAUGUUAACUUAUGUAUUAAUCUUAAGGAAAGGUUUGUACAAUAAACAUACCAAUUUCUUUACUAAA